AUGGUUGAGCCGAGGAGUUGGAUCACAUGGAACCCUAGGACGUUGAGGUAUGGAGAGUACAAGAACACUGGAACUGGCUCGUUGAGGAAAGGGAGGCAACUAAUGAGAAAACGCUUACGUCUCUUAUCCAAAGGCUUACCCAAACUAGAUGAAAGGAGUUUCCCGUACUGGUUUGGUCCUGACGACCAGAAGUCUCUUCUAACAUGUCAGUGGAUUCCCAAUGUCACGGUGGCGAGUGAUGGAACAGGGGAUUUUCUAACCAUUAGCGAGGCCGUGGUGAAAGUUCCCGAAAGCGGAAAUUCCAAAUUCGUGAUCCACGUCAAGGGAGGGCUCUACCGUGAAAACGUGAUCUUGCCGCCAAAGAAGAGCAAUGUGGUUAUGUUUGGAGAUGGGAAUACGAAGACCAUUGUCUCCGCUGGCUUGAAUAGGCUGGACAAUCCUCUGUUCACAACGUUUCAGACAGCAACUAUCUCGGUUCGUGGAAGAGGUUUUGUGGCAAUGGAUAUGAAGUUCGUCAACACCGCCUGA